GCACAAAACCGGAGGACCUUAAACAACUUAAAUCAUCAACCGGGUGAAAAUCGGGGAAGCGGAGAUGCUGAAGCUUUUACUCACCCCAAACCGACCAAGCUGCUGGCGUGGCGUGCUAAGACCCGGUUCGCACAGCACCAACCAGUCUGGCGCGUUGCUUCGAAGAACAAUUCAAACCCUCAGUGAUGGCCGUUCGGCGUUCCUACAGAAGAGCACACGAGGUCGACUCAUCAUACACCAAACGGUGGCAAAAGGCGGACGCGCGGUGACUAAGAACCGCACGAAGGUGUUCCGGGUGUUGCUGGGGGGCAGUGCAAUCUCUCUAACGCUCGGAUUUCAGUACCGGCGGUGGUUCGUUCACUGCGAAGCUAAUGCUAACCGACUCGCUGGCCAACGGUAUGGGUUCGACGAUGAAGCGGCCCGCUUCGAUUGGUGGAAGUUCUGGUCAUACCUAAAACAGCACCUCGGAAAGCUGGUUGGAGCCAUUCUGGCGGCUCUUGCUGUGGCGUACUUCAACAUUCAAAUACCGAACCUGCUCGGAGUGGUUGUCAAUAAGUUAGCCCGAUACGCUGGCGAUAGUCUCAAAGACAUCGAUACGGCGGCCUUCUUCCGCGAUCUGCGAGGUCCGUCGUUGAAGCUGUUUGGCAUGUACCUGGCACAGUCGGGCUUCACCUUCAUCUACAUCCUGCUGCUCAGCCAGAUCGGUGAACAGAUGGCGGCCAGCAUACGCCAGGAUCUGUUCCGCCAGAUCAUCAUCCAAGAUCUGGAGUUUUUCGACCGCAAUCGCACCGGCGAGCUGGUGAACCGACUUACGGCCGACGUACAGGACUUCAAGUCCAGCUUCAAGCAGUGCAUUUCGCAGGGUCUGCGAAGCUUCGCCCAGCUCGUCGGUGGCGGUAUAUCGCUCUUUUGGAUAUCGCCCCAGCUGGCCAGCAUAGCGCUCGUGUCGGUACCGGUUGCGGUGGGGUUGUUUUCGCUCCUCGGCCGCUCGUUGCGUCAUUUGAGUAAAAGUUCACAAGCACAAUCGGAACGUGCCACGGCCGUGAGUGAGGAAGCGCUGGCGAAUAUCCGCACGGUGCGGGCCAGUGCCAGCGAGCACGCCGAAGUGGAACUGUUCCGCGUGGAGACGCAAAAGUCGGCCGUCCUGUCGCAGCAGCUCGGGGCAGGAAUUGCGGUUUUUCAGGCGCUCAGCAACCUGUGCCUGAACGGGAUGGUGCUAACAACGCUGCUGCUUGGAGGCCACUUUAUGUCGGCGAACUCGAUCAGUGCAGGGGAUUUAAUGGCGUUUCUGGUGGCCUCGCAGGGUGUGCAACGUUCGCUGGCGCAAGGGUCGAUUCUGCUCGGAUCAGUGAUUCGCGGUAUGACGGCCGGAGCACGUGUCUUUGAGUAUUUGAACCUCGAACCGAAGGUUGACCUGCGCCACGGCCUCAUCAUUCCCGGCAGCACACUGCGCGGCGAGGUGCGCUUCGAGGGUGUCCAGUUCGUGUAUCCAACGCGCCCCAAUCAGCGUGUGCUGAAAGACUUCAAUCUGGUGCUCCAACCCGGACAAACGGUCGCGCUGGUCGGAGCCAGUGGGAGUGGUAAAUCCACCGUCGCAUCGCUGCUAGAACGAUUCUACGAACCGACGGCCGGUCGGAUUACGAUCGAUGGCCACGAAUUGAGCCACUUGGCCCCGAGUUGGCUUCGGGGCGAACUGAUAGGAUUCAUCGAACAGCAACCGGUCCUGUUCGGAACGACAAUCUACGAGAACAUCAGAUACGGUCGCCCGAGCGCUAGCAAAGAAGAGGUACUGCACGCGUCGAAAUUGUCCCAAUCGGACGAAUUCGUCCGCCAACUACCGGAUGGGUACGAAACGAUGGUUGGUGAGCGGGGCAUUCAGCUGAGUGGUGGCCAGCGGCAACGAAUCGCGAUCGCGAGAGCAUUACUAAAGCAGCCUACGAUUUUAGUACUAGACGAAGCAACCAGUGCAUUGGAUGCGGCCAGCGAAGCGGUCGUCCAGAGUGCGCUCGAUGCGGCCGUGCUCGAUAGAACGACGCUGGUGAUAGCGCACCGUCUGUCGACGAUCCGGAAUGCCGACGUAAUUGUGGUGUUAGAUCAUGGCCGAAUAGUCGAAGUCGGCAACCAUGACAGUUUGAUCAAGCUGGAAGGAUACUAUUACGAGCUGAUCAAGCAGCAGGAACGGCGGCAGCGCCAGGAGCAAGACCCGAGGGUCUAUGGUUGACAGGGUUUACUAGGGGUUAUAGGAAAUCAAAUUGUUAAGACGAGGGAUUGGGCGUCGUAAAUUACAAGACUUAUGCGGAACGUACGCGGGCUU